AUGAGUCUCGACCCACCCGCCAGUAGCAUCCCCGUGAUCGACUUUGCGCCGUUUUACAGCGGCCGGGCCGAGGACACCGCCGCCGUUGGCAAGGCUGUCUACGAGGCCUUCCGCGACGUCGGCUUCGCCUAUAUUUCCAACCACUGCAUUCCAGAGGAGGCGGUUAAGGAGGCUUUUGAAUGGAAUGCCAAAUUCUUUGACCUCCCUCAAACCGUCAAGGAAAAGGCGCCUCACCCGCCCGAGGGAUGGUGGCACCGCGGUUACAGCGGCAUCGGCCGUGAAAAGGUGGUCCAGAUGGUCUACGACGAGGCAAGCAUCGGCGAUCUGCGCAAGGUGCCCGACUUCAAGGAAUCGUUUGAGAUUGGCCGCGACUACAACGCCACGCGGGUGCGCAACAUCUGGCUGCCCGAAGACGACCUGCCCGGCUUCCGCGCCUUCUUUGUCAAGUUCUUUGAGCUGGGCUACCAGAUGGAGCUCGACUUGCUGCGGGCCAUUGCCAUUGGCAUGGGGCUCGACGAGAAGUUCUUCUGGCAGUACCACACCAACAAGGACAACCAGAUCCGCCUCCUGCACUACCCCGCCGUGGAGGAGUCGCUGCUGCGCGACGGCAAGAUCGAGCGCAUCGCCAGCCACACCGACUUUGGCACGCUCACGAUGCUCUUCCAGGACAGCGUCGGCGGUCUUGAGGUCGAGGACAUCUACGAGAAGGGCAAGUUCAACGCGGCGCCGUACAUCCCGGGCACCAUUGUCGUCAACAUUGGCGAUUUCCUGCAGCGCUGGAGCAACGACCAGCUCAAGUCGACGCUGCACCGCGUGCGUGCGCCGCCGCUGGUGGACAAUCAGGAGGCAGCAACUCCGGACAACGGCGCCACGAAGCAGCGGUUGACUCGGCCGCGCCGGUCCAUCCCCUACUUUGUGACGGCCGACCACGAAAAGGUCAUUGACUGCCUUCCAGGCUGCUUCGGUCCAGAUAACCCGAAAAAGUACGAGCCCAUCAACAGCGGCGAAUACAUUACCAGACGGCUCAACGCAACAUAUUGA